AUGGAUCGAUUUCACAAGGUUAACCCUCCAUCGUUUGAAGGUCACUAUAAUCCUGAUGGACCUCAGAAGUGGUUGCAAGAGGUUGAGUAUAUUUUUCAGAGGAGUGGCAUGUCCCGAAGGUCAGAAAGUGAAUUUGGGAACCUUUAUGUUGACGGAAGAAGCUCAACAUUGUAUUUCCCUGAAGACAUCCGCUAUAGGAAGGAAAUGGAAUUUGUCAAAUUGGAACAAGAGAAUAUGUCAGUAGCGGAAUAUGCCGCUAAGUUUGAGGAGUUAUCUAGGUACUAUCCAUUCUAUGUUGGAGAGGUAGGAGAAAAGUCUAAGUGCAUCAAGUUUGAAAUGGUACAUAGGCCAGAGAUCAAGAAGCAGGUGGAAAUGCAAGAGAUCCGUGACUUUUCUACCCUAGUGAAUAAGAAUAGGAUUUAUGAUGAGGAUAGUCAUGCUAAAAAGGCACAUUACUGA